CUCCUGACCUCUGGCCUUUCCCUUCCAGACCCCGACUGGGCAUCCUACACCCUGGGGGUGUUCAUCUGCCUGAGCUGCUCUGGAAUCCACCGGAGUGUCCCCCAGGUCAGCAAGGUGAAGUCGGUCCGCCUGGACGCCUGGGAUGAGGCCCAAGUGGAGUUCAUGGCCUCCCAUGGGAACGAAGCUGCCAGGGCCACAUUUGAGUCCAAAGUGCCGUCUUUCUACUACCGGCCCACAUCUUCCGACUGCCAGCUCCUGCGGGAGCAAUGGGUCCGUGCCAAGUACGAGCGGCAGGAGUUCAUCCUCCUUGAGAAGCAGGAGCCCUACUCUGCAGGGUACCGCGAAGGCCUUCUCUGGAAGCGAGGCCGGGACAACGGGCAGUUUUUAAGCCGAAAGUUUGUGCUGACGGAGCGAGAAGGGGCCCUGAAGUAUUUCAACAAAAAUGACGCCAAGGAGCCCAAGGCCAUCAUGAAGAUCGAACACCUGAAUGCAACCUUCCAACCAGUUAAGAUCGGCCACCCCCAUGGCCUGCAGGUCACCUACCUGAAGGACAAUAGCACCCGCAAUAUCUUUGUCUACCACGAGGAUGGGAAGGAGAUGGUGGACUGGUUCAACGCGCUCCGGGCUGCCCGCUUCCACUACCUGCAGGUGGCCUUCCCGGGGGCCAGUGACGUGGAUCUGGUGCCGAAGCUGUCCCGAAACUACCUAAAGGAAGGCUACAUGGAGAAGACAGGGCCCAAGCAAACAGAAGGCUUCCGGAAGCGCUGGUUCACCAUGGAUGACCGGAGGCUCAUGUACUUCAAGGACCCCCUGGAUGCCUUCGCCCGAGGGGAGGUCUUCAUUGGCAGCAAGGAGAGCGGCUACACGGUGCUGGAGGGGCUCCCGCCAUCCACCCAGGGCUACCACUGGCCACACGGCAUCACUAUUGUCACGCCGGACCGCAAGUUCCUAUUCACCUGUGAGACGGAGGCAGACCGGAGGGAGUGGGUAGAGGCCUUCCAGAAGGUGGUGGACAGGCCCAUGCUGCCCCAGGAGUAUGCAGUGGAAGCCCACUUCAAGCAUAAGCCCUAGCAAGAGACGUCCGAGGACCCUAGACUCACAUGACUGGCUGGCAAGGAGGUGGCCAGCAGCCCCAGCCAGCCCUGCUGUUGUAGCAGCACAGCGUGGCCAGGUAGGGCCUGAGCUUCAGCCACUAGGACAUGAGUCUGGAACCUCAUCGAAGGCGACCCCGGCCCCGUCAACACUGCUGCUGACAGAGCCUGGCCGACCCACACACCUGAGCCCCCAGCCCCCAGCCAGAGCGGCCCCACUAACUCUGUGUUCCCAGCCCAGCCAGAGGUUAUGUCAGGUCUUGGAAUGGGACCUCAGCUGGGCUGCUGGGGACUAGGGUCUGCCGCAUGCGUCCUUUCCCCUUCCCACCUCAACAAGUAUUUAAUUGAGCACCUGCUAUGUGUUGGUCACGGGUCCUCCAGGGAAUGUGUGCACACAGGCCCUGCCCGCUGGAGUCCCAGCACUCUGGGUGCCUGGCCUUGGCCGGGAGGGCCCGUGCUUAGGCACCGAGUGCCCAGCUCAGUGCUUGGCCUGGUCAGUGACCCAUGCCCACCAGCCCUGGCCUUGUGGUUUUUGAUCCCCUGGGCGGGGUGCCCCAGUUGGGCCCUGCUUGCUGCUGGCAGGCCAGUAGUUAAAGCCACCCUGUAUUUAUUUCUCACCUGAUCUUUUCCAUGCUGCAUCCUGGUCACCCAGGAUAGUCAGGGUGGAGCAUGCAGUGGGGAUGCACCUACCCAGGGGAGCUGCGGGAAGUCUCCUGAGCUAGUGUUCUGCGCCCACGUCGCGUCCUGGAAUAAAGUGUGGCUCUGGCAUGGUCCCUUCUGUGUGUAGGUGGGGAGGGGCCAAGCUGGCAGCUUCCACUUGGGUAGAGCAGGACAGACUGCCAUGGUAGGCCUAAGAUGGAGCCUGACCCCUGCUGGACCCCAGGGCCUCCAAUGUCCAUGUUCCCUGGGCCUGAGCUGGGGGCACCUGACCAUCAUACAGGAACACUCCCAGGGCCACAGUGGCCACACUGGCCCUAGCUAUUUCAAGGGCUGUGGCAGGGCCCUGGGGUGCCCCUUUCCUGGCAGGCCCUCCAAAGCCUUCAGCCCUGGGGUCUCUGGCAAGGUCUGCAGCUCCGAUGGGGUGCAAGGGUAGGGGGCACAGCUGGCCCUGCAGCUGUUUCUCAGAGGAAACGUCUGGGGAGGUAGAAGCCAUCCAACCCCCAUCUGGGGUCCCCCAUGUGGCUGUUCUAAAGAUGACACUGGCAGUCCCCUUACCCCCACCUCCUCAAUGACUGGGGUUCACCUGGGGCAGUGCUCACCAAAAUGACUGGCUGCAGCUUCUGCAGAUGCUGGCCGGGUUCUCCAAUGCAGAGUCCUGGGUCAGAAACCAGACCCAAGCCCUGUGUCUGCACCACCACAGGGCCAGCCCAGACACCUCCACUGUGGACGUGCGGUGUGCAGGCAGUGUUUGUGCACGUGUUCACCUGUGCGUACACACACAUUGCCUUGUGCAUGGCUAUGUGCACAGGAACCUAUGUGUUCUACCGAGGACACUGGCAACAUUUUUAAAAGAAAGCACGGCACAUGUCUGUAACUGCUGGAGAGAUGAACUGUUCAGCGGCUGCUGGAAACCACAGCCCCCGGAAAGGCGUCACUGGGUUCUGGGCACAGGCCCUCAGCAGGCGAUGCAGCACUGCUGUCUGGACCAGGGCCUAGGUGUGGUGCUGUCUCCCUGCCACCCGGUCGCAAGCACACCGAUGCCACAAUAAACUUGGCGCUUUACUUGGAUGCCUCCUGAGGUUUGUGGGAGGAGAGAGGUCACCUGUAGAAAGGUGGUAUGGACAGGCGUGCUUCCACAAACGGAAUUUGAAUUCUGCUUACAUUGGUCCCCAGUACAUCACCUGUGGGAUGUAGCUUAUGGGUUCAAAACCAGCAUCUUAGCAGAAUGGGGUGCUCCAGCCCGGGCCUGGGGACCCCGCCUGGCUCCUUCCAUGGCUGUUCCCCCACUGUCCCAGUCCCCUCAGGGCUGCCCUGACACUGUCCCCAGGGAAGUCUGGUGUGGCCUGCACCCCACAGGCCUGCUCUCUGGGGCUGUGACACACAUCACCUGGCGGGUUUGAUUUCAA